AUCACGUGACCAGCAGCUGGGGCACGGGGGCCACUUCCUGUUUUAUUUCGGCUUAGAAGCAAGCAGCCGUUGUCAGUUUCAACAAAAUGGCUGCGUGAGCGCCGUCAAUGAGAAAUCACUGAAAGCUCUGUAUGGUGAUUACUACAGCUUGCUAAUAGCGAAUUAUUUUUAUUUUCACGGAGAUCUGGGUCAGUCUUUCCUCUCCAAGAAUUGGAUAUCUCAAGAAAUUCCUUUCUUGGAUUUAAAUUGCAUUUUUGCAAACUGGAUAGCUCGCUAGGCGCAGGUUUUAGCUAGCUUGCUAGCUAAAGCAUUUAUUUUGCACUUUAACAUAACAACCAUCGUCUUCGAUGUGAAGUCGCCAGAAAAAAAACUUGUAACUGCCUGUUUCGUUUUUUUUCCAAAUUGUAGUUAGUGAAUAGUUCGCUAGCUAUAAGUACUGACAUAGCUGACUAGCUAGCUAGCUAGUUAGGUAGCUAAGUUAGCUAGCUAGUAGAGCUAGCUAGCAAAGUAUGUGCUCCUGCUUUUGCUAGCUGGCUAGCUAGCUUGCUAGCAAGCUAACAGACAAACAAUUAUUGACAUCAUUUUCCUCUAGCAGCGCUUAAUUUAGAAGUUCUGUUAUGUUCUUGGAUUGCUAAUUUGAAAACAAUUCCUGCUCGUGGAGCAAGUGUAUGCUUAAUUUUUAUUCCAGAUAGCAAACUCGCUACUAAACAAAGGCUGCUUAAGUAAUAUUUUUGCGAUUGUUCGCUAAGCUGGUUAGGCACUUACUGCGACUGCUCGCCUGAUUUGUCAUUAGUUACGGGUACAUUUCAGAAAAGAUAAGGGAGAAGAUGUUCUGCUUUUGUUUCUUCGUGCAACAAUCUUUAUUUUGAAACCUGCCAAAGCCCAACUUGUGAUUAUUAAGUCGAGAGAAGCAAGCAACACAAGAAGAGAAUCAUUUGAUGGAAGAAAAGAAAAAGAAAAAGCAAGAAGAGAAGAAAAAGAAGGACAGUGCUCAGAAAAAGGCUGCUGAACCGAAAACCAAAGUGCCAGAGUCGGCCAAGCCCAGCCCCAGCCCUCCCCAGCCUGCCGACCCCAGCGCCAGUCCCCCGGUCCCCGCGGCUAGCGGCAGCGGCAAUGGCAAGCGUGCCCCCGGCAGCGCCCCGCAGCAGCAGCAGCAGCAGCAGCAGCAGCCGACGGCCGCCCCGCGCUACCCUCCCCGAGAGGUGCCCCCGCGUUUCCGCCAGCACGAGCACAAGCAGCUACUGAAGAGGGGCCAGCCACUGCCCGCGGGGGGCCUGCCUCUCGCCCCGGCCCAGCCCGGGACGCUCUCCCCCCCGCACAGCGCCCCCGGCCUCGCCCAGCCCUCCAGCAAGCGGCACGCAGAGCUGCCCGUCCCGAGCGGCCUGGGCGCGCAGUAUGAGAGCCCCCGCUGGGGCGGCCUCCCACCCACCAGCCAGAGCCACGGCGGCGGCUGGGAUCAAGUGAUCAUCGACGAGAGCGACACCGAGGCGUGGCCUUCCAUUUCCCGCGGCGACAGCCACGCCCCUCCAGGAUGCGCCGCGGACACUGAGCGCGCCCCGGAGACCAGCAGCAGCAGCAGCAGCGGCAGCAGCAGUAGCGCGAGCAUGUCCACAGGGGGCGCCCAGCAAGGCCACUUCCCCGCCCACCACCCCGGCAGCAAGGCCGGCGCCGGCCACUCCGGGAGCGCGGGCCCCGGGCAGGGCGGGGCCAGCCGCGGCUGGGGCUCCGGCCCCGCCCACGGCCCCCCCGGCGAGGGCAAAGCGGACGGCCCGGCGGCGGCAGGAGGGAGGGGCCAGCCCUGCUGGAGCUCCUCCAGCUUCAACCUGAACCUGAACCCCAACGCCAACCCCGCCGCCUGGCCCGUGCUGGGGCACGAGGCGGGCAGCAUGGGGGGCAGCAACGGGCCCCCUCCCCCCCCCAAUCUCUGCAGCCCCGCGGGCACCCCGCCAGCCCCGGGCAGCAACGGCAAUACGGGCAGCGCCAACGGCAACGGCGGGGGCGGGGCCAGCGGCGCCUGGGGGGACGUGAUUGGCCCCGACGCCCCGGAGCCGCACCCCUGCCCGUCCACGAACGUGUCUUUCAGCGCCGAACCUCAGAACCUUAACACCGACGGACCAAACCACACUAAGCAGGAGCCCCCGAGCCCCGCCCCCAGCCUCCCCAGCUGGGGGGGGCUCCCCGCGGGCAUGGGCUCCCUGGCCCCGCCCCCCGGCCCCGCCUCGCAGGUCAACGGCGAGGGGGGCUCGGUUUGGGGCAACGGGGCGGACGCCAAGCCGGCCGGCCCCAAGGACUCGGGCUGGGACUCGGCGGCGUCCGCCUGGGGCCGCGGCGGGAACGGGGGCGGGGCCGCGGGGGCCUGGGGGCGGGCCGGGGGCGGAGACUGGGGCGGCAAGCAUUCGGGCGAGGCCAAAGGCUGGGAGGCGGCGGGCAGCCCCCCCCAGGAGCAGCCCAACUCCUGGAGCCGGCCGGCCCCCGCGGCCGCCAGCGAGGGCAGCGGCGACAGCCAGGAGGGCCGCGCCCAGCGCCGGGACAGGACGCCCGGCGAGGAGGCGGCCCCGCCCCCGCCGCUGCCCCGCCCCGACCUGGACCCGCGCGUGCUGUGCAACACGGGCUGGGGGCAGACGCCGGUGCGCCAGCACACCGUGUGGGACAUGGAGGAGGCGUCCCGCGCCGAGCGCAAGGGCCACAGCGGCACCGAGGCCUGGGGCGGGGCGGCGCCCCCCCCCUCCGGGGCCGCGGGGCCCAACGGCGGCGCCCCCGCCGCUCCCAGGCCCGACUCGGGCGGCAAGGCCGAAGGGCCCGUCCCCGGCGGCUGGGGGGCCCCUGCCCCGCCCCCCCCCGCGCCCCCUCAGCCCGGCUCCGGCUGGGGCGAGCAGCCCGCCGCCAAGAAAGUGCCCAACGGAUCCGGGGGCUGGGGCGACGCCCCGCCGGGGGGCCCCAACGCCAGCGCCCCCAAAGCCAGCCAGUCCUGGGGUCCCGAGGAGAAGUCCCCCAGCUGGGACGACCCCCCCGCCAAGCCCAAAGCGCAGAGCUGGGGCGAGGGGCCCAAACCGUCCCACGGCUGGGGCAGCGGAGGGGGCGGGAGCGGAGGAGAGUGGGCGGAGCCCGGAGAGGGGAAGAGGAACGGGACGGCCGGUGGCCCCUGGGAGGGGGAGGCGGGCAGCUGGAAGGACCCCCCUCGGGGGUGGGGCAAAGCGGCCCCGGGGUCGGGCGGGGGUGGGGGCGGGGGCUGGGGCGAAGGCCAGCGCCCCGCCGCCCCCCCGCAGAGCUGGGGAGGGAAGCCCCAGGACGGGCCCAGCGCCAACGGCAACGGCGGCGUGGGCGUGGGCGGGGGCGCGGGGUCCUGGGGCGGCCCCACCUCGGUGAAGCAGAGCGGCUCGGGCCCGGGCUGGGGCGGGACGGGCCCAGGGGCCGGCGGGGCCAAGCAGGACCCCGGGGGGGAGCCCACGGGCUGGGAAGAGCCCUCCCCUCCCUCCAUCCGCCGCAAGAUGGAGAUCGACGACGGGACGUCCACCUGGGGCGACCCCACCGCGUACAACAAGACGGUCAACAUGUGGGACAGGAACAACCCCGUGGUCCAGAGCAGCCCGGGGCCCAACGCCAACCCCAACCCCAACCCCAACCUCCCAGCGCCCAGCAACAACAACAACAACCACAACCACCACCACCACCACCACCACCACCACCAUCACCCGCACCACCCCCACCACAACCAGCCCCCCGCCCAGAGCCACGGCAACAACAACAACAACGGCUCGCCCAACGCGCCCGCCCCCCACCAGCCCGGACCCCCCCCCAACAGGCCCCCGCUGGUGGCUCCAGGCUGGGGCGAGCUGCCCAGCGCCCAGCCCAAACCGGAGCCGUCCUGGGGGGAGCCGCCCGCCCCCGCCGCCGCCGUGGACAACGGGACCUCCGCCUGGGGCAAGCCCCCCGGCAGCAGCGGGACCUGGGGCGAGGGCGGCCACGACGGGCCCGGGCCCGGACCCGGACCCUACGGCAGGGGCGGCGCACCACCAGGAUCAGCCCCCUGCAAGCCAGCCCCCAAACCUAUGCAAGACGGCUGGGGAGGCGGUGGGGAGGACCUGAGUCUGUCGGCGGGACAGUGGGAGCCGGACGAUGGCGACAUGUGGAACAGCACCGCCUCCCAGGAGAGCAACUCCUCCUGCAGCUCCUGGGGGAACCCGCCCAAGAAGGGCCCACCCAAGGGGAAGGGGUCUACCAAGCAGGACGAUGCCUGGAUCAUGAGCCGCCUGCUCAAACAGCUCACAGACAUGGGCUUCCCGAGAGACCCGGCUGAGGAAGCUCUGAAAAGCAACAACAUGAAUCUGGAUCAGGCAAUGAGCGCCUUGUUGGAAAAGAAGACGGAGCUGGACAAGCGGGGGAUGGGAAUUUCUGACUACAACAACGGCCUGGUCAGCAAGGCGCUGGGCUGCCGGGCCCCAGCCAUCUCCAAAGAGUCCUCCGCAGACCGCACCCCCUUCCUGGACAAGGACGGCGGCCUGGCGGAAGACGCCCCAACCUCACCGUUUAUGCCUUCUCCCAGCCUGAAGCUCCCGCUGUCCAGCACCGGCCUCCCCAGCCAGGGCCUGGGUGGGGUCGCCUCCGGGCUGGCCAUGCAAAACCUGAACAACAGACAGAUGCAGAGCGGAAUGUUCGGCAGUAGCGGAGCAGCACAAGCCCGGGCCGUGCAUCAGCAGGCUCCUCCCCCUCAGCCGUCAGUGCCGCCUCUCAACUCCUCCCAGCCUAAUCUCCGCGCUCAAGUGCCUCAGUUUCUCUCCCCUCAGGUUCAAACACAGCUCUUGCAGUUUGCAGCAAAAAACAUUGGUCUCAAUCCUGCACUUUUGACCUCACCAAUAAACCCUCAGCAAAUGACCCUGUUGUACCAACUACAGCAGCUGCAAAUGGCGUAUCAGCGUUUACAGAUCCAGCAGCAGAUGAUGCAGGGUCAACGCCCGUCCGGACCCAUCCGACAACAAGAGCAGCAAGUUGCACGUACAAUCAAUAACAUGCAGCAGCAGAUCCAGCAGCACCAGCGCCAGCUGGCCCAGGCCCUCCUGAUGAAGCAGCAGCCUCCUCCUCCUCCUCCUCCUCACUCCAGCCUGCAGCCCAGCGCCGGAAAAUCAGCCCUGGACGGCUUCCCCGGCCACGCCCAGGGCCCGGGCCUCUCUGACCUGCAGACCAAAGAGCCGCAGUCUUCGCCCAACUCCUACGCCGCGUACCCGCUCUCUGGACUCAAUCCAAACAUGAAUGUAAACUGCAUGGAGGUGGGGGGCGUGUCCAUGAAGGACGCUCCUCAGCCUCAGUCCCGCCUCUCGCAGUGGACACACCCCAACUCCAUGGAGAAUCUCUCUGGCAACCCCUCCCCUCUGGAGCCCAACCUCAACAAACACGGUGCCAUCCCCACCGGCGCCAGCCUGGCCCUGGCGGGAAAGCCCCCCAUGGACGACUCGUACAGCCCCUACAAUCUCAUGCCCAGCUCCGAGUCGCCCGCCAGCCCGCUGGCGCCCCCCGACAGCUGGGGCCCGGGCAAGGGCGCCAGCGAGAAGAUCUCCAACGGCACCAACAUCAGCUGGCCCCCGGAGUUCUGUCCCGGGGUGCCCUGGAAGGGGCUGCAGAACAUCGACCCGGAGACGGACCCCAACAUGACCCCGGGGAGCGUCCCCAGCGGCCCCACCAUCAACACCAACAUCCAGGAUGUGAACCGCUACCUGCUGCGGGACCGAAGCGGAGGCGCCUCCCCCACCUCUCAGAAUGGGGCGCUGCCUCCGUCCAGUGACUGGCCAGUCAGUGCCUACACUAGCUCCUUCAGUUUGUCCUCCUCAGACGGUGACGGUGAAGGUAAACUGUCCGACAUGAAGUCCACCUGGUCUCCGGGGCCCAUCUCCCACACGCAGGCCUCGCUGUCCCACGAGCUAUGGAAGGUCCCCCAGGGCCCCCCGCGGAACACCACGGCCCCCUCCCGCCCUCCCCCGGGCCUGACCAACGCCAAGCCCUCCUCCACCUGGGGGGGCAACGCCCUGGGGCUGGCGCCCGGCUGGACGGGCUCGUACUCCUCGGCAGGUACUACUUGGAGCACAGACAGCUCCAGCAGGACCAGCAGCUGGCUCGUCCUGAGGAACCUCACUCCUCAGAUCGACGGCUCGACGCUGCGGACGCUGUGCAUGCAGCACGGGCCCCUCAUCACAUUCCACCUCAACCUGACCCAGGGCAACGCCGUGGUGCGCUACAGCUCCAAGGAGGAGGCCGCCAAGGCCCAGAAGUCCCUGCACAUGUGCGUGCUGGGAAACACCACCAUCCUGGCCGAGUUUGCCGGGGAAGAGGAGGUGAACCGUUUCUUUGCACAAGGCCAGUCCCUGACGCCCACCACCAGCUGGCAGCCCAACCCGGGAACCAAUCAGACGCGGCUGGGGGGUGCGGGGGCGGCGGCGGCGGCGGCGCACGCCAUGGGCCACUGGAACAGCGGCGGGCUGGGCGGAGCCAAGGCCGGCAGCGACCUGCUGUGGGGCGGGGUCCAGCAGUACUCCGGCCUGUGGGGGCCCCCCAGCGGGGAGGACGCCAGGGUCAUCGGGAGCCCCACCCCAAUCAACACGCUGCUUCCCGGGGACCUGCUGAGCGGGGAGUCCAUGUAGAGGAACCGACCCGACCCAAAAGGAGAGAGAGAGACGCGCCAGAGAACAGAACAACGCCGGAGCAGAAACCAAGCCAAUCAUGUGACGAUAAUCAGAGAAUCAGUAUCUAGAGAACUGUGAACCAGGACCCAGACGGCCCCGGGCAGCUCUGAAGCUGCUGCUCUUUCCCUUAUCCAUCUUUCUUUUUGUGUUCCUUCUUUACUUUUUUUUUUUUUUUCUUCCCAGAAAGGGUUGGGUUUGAGUGUUCAAAGCCGUCGUCUUUGCGGAAUUGAAACAAAAAAAAAAAACAAAGACUAUUACGUCAACAAAGGAAAGAGAACCGUGUAGUGAUUAUACUUACUUUUUUUUUGAAUAACUGACAUUCGUCGUGAAGUGUUUUUAAGAGAAGUGAAAUAAAAAGCUGCCAUUUUUAAGCUUCCCUUUAGGCCCUCCCACCUCAUGAACCAGCCCCCCCGUCCCCCGACAAUUCCCCAGAAAACUCAUCAUUCCGAGCAUGCCCCUGGCCUAGGGAAUGGUCCGUGUACCGUUUUUGUGUUGGUUUGUUUUGCUUCUCAGCACUAAUGUUAGCCUUAAGCGCUCUCCAGCCAGGCGUUCCUCACGCUUUUUAUACUCGUACUGAAGAAAUGAAUGGAGAAUUGCACAGUCCCCAUUUCUGAGCCAGCAGACUCUAGGCAGGAAGGCAGUGUGAACAGCGUCGGGCUACGGUAGGAGACCAGCCACUAUGGACCCCAGCUCUUACUGUAGCACGUUUUUUUUUUUCCCGUUUUCGUUCUUUGUUUUUUUUUUUUUGUCAAAGGGAGUUACACUGCUGUUUGUUUCUUAUAUUCAGGCUGGUUUUUUUUUUUUGUUUAUAUCUAUCGCAACAUAAGCUGAGAGAAUUAUUACUCGAAACAUGUUAAUCUGGCUGAGGGUGUGCGUGCGUGUGUGCGUGUGUGCGUGUGUGUGUGUGUGUUCAGCGCUUGUUUUUCCAUCUGUAUGUCCGUAUACCACUGCUCUACAGAACUGUAAGAAACACUUGCUGAACCCUCCGGAACCCUACCACACCGUGUUCAAGGACUACCUGCUGUUCUGAUCUCAUUUGAUUUGCUGAAUCAUGUGGUCCACCAGUUUCUGAAAAGAUUUUUAUUUUUUAUUUUUUAUUUUUUAUUUUUUUUUAUAAAAACCUUCACCGUCAAGUGAUGCGUUGUGCAAUAUAGCGCCCAAGCCUCUUCCGUCCGCCGCUACACUCAACAGAAGCUGGUUGCCGUUUUAGUUUUUUUGUAUUUUUUUUUUUUUUGGGUCGUUUGUGCAUUUUGAGAACUUUGGAACUGCAGAAAUCGUACCCUCCUGAGCCCCCCCGUGCCCUCCCCCGCUCCCCCCCCCCCCCCACCCCGACCCCCAAACUGUUGCGUGAAUCCAGUGGGACAGUGGAACGGCUGCAAGGCAUCAGCGUUCAGGGGUGCCCUGCACGCCGUCAGUCUGAACGCGCAGGGACAAAGCGUGCGGACUGAACGCACUUCCUCAAUCCGCCCUGCAGCCGCACGCAACAGGGACUGUACCGGGGGGGGGGGGAGGAGGGCCGGAGAGGUCUGGCACAAUACCAAAUAAAAGGAGUUUCUCACAAUGCAGUAGAUUAAAGGGUGUUCCUUGCAUUUGGUACAAAUGUACGAGACAGACAAAACAAACAAAAAAAAAAAAAACUUUAAAAAAAAAUAAACUUUUCAAAAAGGGGUAGUUUGUUAUAGCACUUAAGAAGAGCGCCAAGCUCGAACUGCAACACCAACAAAUCCAGAAAACGGAGAAGCAACACAAGAAAACUGAAAAAGCAAGAGACUUACGGAAAAAAGAAAAGAAAAAAGACAUCUCUUCAGUGGCAUCUCCGUGUUCUUUUUGUACUGUAUCCGUGUUUGAGAAAUACGUCUUUCCCCCGCUUUGUCCUGUCCCUGCUUGGUCCAGCAACCGGACCGGAAUGGACCUGAAACCGGUAGCAGGAAGAAGGGGGGAAAAAAAAGAAAAGACUGAAACCUACUAUCUGGCAAGAAAGCCUGUACGUAUGGGGUUUUAUUUUAGUUUUAGUUUGUUUUUUUGCUCUCUCUUUUUUUUUUUUUUUUUUUGGUAUAUCAAAGUGAAUAUCACUGUUACUCCAAAAUGUUUAGCCUUUUUGUCUGGAGACGCUAGACAUGCAAUGUUACUUGGAUCCCGCAGGAGCCGACUGUGGGGGCUCCUGCCAACCUGUAUGAUAGUUUGGCCAUCGAGUGCCUAUCUGCUGUGGAGCCUGUGGCGCCCCCCCUGCCCCCCCCAGCCCCCCACCCCUGCCCCCCCUUGUGCCGUUCCAAUCUGCAGCAGUGCUCCCCCCCCUCCAAUCCCCCCCCUCCCGGGCAGCCAGAGCCAAGCCCGACUGGACCCUUGGCCCGGCAAGGAGCAGCUUCGUCAGGACUGGCCAAUCAGAACUACUGUGCCAGCUCUGAACCUGGUCUCAACUUCCACACCCCCCCCCCCCUUUGCUCCAACAUCACUUUAGCUGGAGGUUGAGACGGAUUUCUGGAAUCACCAGUGUUGAUCCUUCUCUGUUUUUGUUUGUUGUUAGUUUUGUCUGUUUGUUGCGUCUCCUGCGCGGUGGUGUUCUGGCUAGCUGCUUACCGGCCCUUCACUGCGAGAAAGCAGAAAACACUUUUUGGGUAAGACAGGUGCCUCAGUUAAGUGCAGCCUGCGUGCGGGGGUGCAAAUGUGGAGUAAUACUACAGAUAUCUCUCUCCCUCUCUCUCUCCCCCUCUCCCUCUCUCUCUCUCUCUCUCUCUCUCCCCCUCUCUGUUUUGUGAUUUGUUUUACUGUCGUUUGUGCUCAUGAUUUGUGUUUGAACCAGUAUUUUUUUUGUUUUUGUUUUUGUGUGUAAGUAUGUCCUGGUGGUACCUUGAGAUGUGUAGGUGGGGUGAAGCGAUCAGUGGGUGUAACCGCGCCCCCUGCGCCGCCCCCCAAAGCUGCUCCGCCUGCUCAUAUGCUGGCCCUCCUGCCCCUCCCGCUGCUGCGCCCCCCCCUCAGCACACACACUCCCUCCCUCCCCGGCCUGCUUCACUCGGUGCUUUACAAAGGGGUUCGGACAACAGGAGGGGCCUGGAGCCCCCAGAACACAAGCGGGUAAUCCAUCCGACUUUUUCUUUUUUUCCUAAAUUUCAUUUUGAAAAUGACUACAUUGAGAGAAAAAAGUUAAUAAAUGUAAAUAAAUAAAAAAAAGUUUAAAAAAAAAAAAGUUUAAAAAAAGAACGGACUCGGAGCUCUGUUCCUAUGCAAUGAGGAAGAGGUGCAGCGAUGGGCGCCUCCCCGGCGAUGAAGAGCCGAGCCUCUCUCGGGGAGGCGGCCUCCCCCGAGCCUGGCGUGCGCUCUCGUGCCCUCCAGCUCACACACGCGCUCCUUUCUGAAUACUAGGGUAGACCACAAAACUGUCACACACACACACACACACUCGUACGUAUACACCUAUGUACACACGCACACGUAUACGCAUUCUACUAAUCAGGUGUUACAGAGGUGGUGGGGUCUUCACUGUUUACUUUUCUGAACAAUGUAUCUUUACGUCAGCUUGAUCUCAGGGCAGGGUUAAAGAAACAAUACUUCUGUUAUUCGGAAAAAAGUUCUGUGGUAAAUGCACCUUCGUGUAGUUUUCAUGCGUUUUUUUUCUUUUUUUCUUUUCUUUUUUUCCUUCUCUCUUUGGACGUUCUUGGGCCCAAGAGAGCUGAAAUGACACAGAGGACAUGCUGGGGGGGGGCUGGCACUGGUGAAGUGCUUUACGCCGACCCAGGCUACGUUCGAGGGGCAGGAGGUCAGCAUUCUGGGUUCCUGAUGGAUCCCUUUUCCCCAAAAGCACCCCAACGAGGGCAGGCGCGGGGGGGGAAGGGGCAGGGGGGGUUCCCGCUGUAACUCACUCUGGAGUUUGGAAGGCUAAAUUCCGUUUAAGAGAUUAAAAAAAACCUCGGGCUCAGUGAACGAGCAGAUUUCCAUGGUUGGCGGCGUUGAGGGGACUAGGCCCAAGAUGGCCGCCCUCACAUUCCCCCGAGUCCUGCAUGCCAAUGUAACACCUUAACAUCUCUCUCUCUCUCUGUCUGUUUCUCUCUGUCUGUCUCUCUCUCUCUCCUCCCUCUCUGUUUAUAAAGCAAUCUGCUCUGCGAGGCAUCAGCCGCCAUGUUUCCUUGAGUUUUCUCCUCUUCUAUAGAGCACUUUCGUUUUACGUUGGGAGCACUUUGACACUGUGGGUGAUGGGGUGGGGGGCAGCAGGAGCGAGCAGGAGUCAGACGGGUCACACCUCAUCCUAAUAAUUGAGAUAAUCUUGCUUUUAUGGGGGAAGACUCCCGUCGAGGGGAGAGAAGAGAAGGAAAAAAAACGUGACAAAAUGUGGACUCCGUGCGGUUUGGUGUGCACUGUAAUUGGUUCAUCCUGGGUACAUAUUUUUUAUACCAAAAAAAAAAAGAAACAUUUUAGUUUCAUUUUUGACGUUUGACAACAAAAAGGUUAAAUAUCUAUGAUGUAUGUAUUUCAGCUUUGCACUUCUAGCUGAAACAGUUCUGGUCUCCAAGCCUUUUUCUGUCCGGAAUGGCAGACAUUUUGUCCUCCUGGAAGGAGCUGGCAGUCCCAGCAUGCCUUCAGCGAGUGCUGUAUUGAUCGUGUUCGUUUCCUGUCGCUCGAAGCGGCUUUGCAGAACUGUACAGUUUCGCGGAUCCAGGUCUGUGUACCCACUUGUAUCAGCAGGCUUUCCUCUCCUGGUGGGAUGGGAUGGCGUAGGGGCGAGACUCAUUUAAAUUGGUACUUUUAAAUUGGUCUUUAAAAAAAGAAAAAAACAGGUUGGGGGGAGGGGGGGGGGGAGGAAGGCGAUCCUCUGGAGCUUUUCGCAUCCUGAGUGACUCUAGCAAAAAUCACCAUCGCCUCUUUCUGAAACUGCCUUGCUUUCGGCUGGCCUGGCCGGGGGCUUGAGAAUGUCCCUCCAGCCAGAGUUCCCGAAGCGCUCUAGUAUUCCGACCUCCGCGCCGCCCGACCCCCCCCCCCCAGGGGGGCACUCUGCUGCUCCGGGACGGGGCGGCUCAUCGCACAUUAGGGCCGUACAGGAUUCUGAGUUCUGGAACGUUCCCUUUUAAAAAGUCUGUGUUUUAUUACAGCUGUGAGAGUAUAACAAUGUGUACUUCCCCUCCCCCCCCCCCCCCCUCAAUCAUGUAUAUAAAGGGGUAAAGGUCGGGUGGGGAUAUGCAGAAACUUGAAGGAUCAAGUUUAAAAAAAGAACUAAAAUGAUGAUUUAAAAAAAAAAAAAGAAAUAAAAAAAAUUAAAAAAAAACCUUUGUAAGGGCCUAGGUAGAUAUGCACGUGUUGAUUCCUUAUGCAUACACAUGCCAGAGCAAAAUGUGUGUGUAUAAAUGUUUUCUUUCAAGUUAUCAUUCAGUCCCCUCUUCUUCCCCCAGCCCCAUUGUUUUUCCUGUACAAACAAAAUACAUUUCCCAGAAGUGAUCAUAAACAUAUCAAAACAAAAGAAAAAAUGACAAAUACAAAUACUUGAAUCGAGAAGCGCCAAUAAUGUGAUGUGAACACUUUUUUGUAAUUAUUUUCUCUGACUCGUACACUUCCGAGCUUUUUGACAACACCAGUUCAAAGUUAAUAGUAAAAAAAAAAAAAAAAACAAAGAUUGGAAGAAAAAAAAAUGCAAAAUUACAUUUGUUGUAUGAAAGUGUUUGCACAAGGUUGUGUAUGUGUGUAUGCAAACAGUUUGUGUGUUUGUGAUGUGUCCAUUUCUUUGUUUUGUUCAGUAUGUUUUUGUUUUGUUUUUGCCUGUCAAGAAAUAUAUGAUGAAUAUUGUUAGUUUCUAACGUUGCACUGAGUGUCUACUUCCCUUCUUUCUGCUCACCGUACAAGAUGUAGAGAGGGGAGAUUGUGACAAUUCACGUGUAAAUGUUUACUCAAGGACUUAAUGGAAAAAAAAUGUUUUGUUUUUUUUUUUUGUCUGUAAAAUGUUUAUCUACCUUAUAGUGGCUUUUAUUGUGGAGUAAUCCAAAAAGGAUUAUAAUUAUGAGUAUUGCACCAUUUUUUUUUUUUCAGAUUAUAAACAUAAGAAAAAUGUAAAAAAAAAAAUAUAAAAAUAAAAAAAUAAAAAAUGAAGAAAAAAAUGUUUUCAAAGAACUGUGGCCAUAGGUUGAUGUAGAUGGACUAGAACUCCAUGUUUGAAGUGUGGAGACACUGAAAGAGAGGAUGUUUGGUGAGUUUGUUACAAGACUCGUCAGAGGUGCCUACCUUUUAUUUUUUUUUUUCCUUUUUUUAACAAGGCCACCUGUCGUUUACAAACAGACAAUUCAUUAUUCUGAAGUUCAAGGGAAAGGAAUUUACUAAUGGGUAUGAUGGAGAAAAGCAAAGGAUGAAUUCUCUUCCAUCAGACGAAAUACAGAAUGAAGAUUUAUGCUACUUUCAGAACUCUGGGAUUGAUCAGUGUUGUUGUAUUUCUUUCUCCUUUUUUUUUUCUUUUGUCAAUAUUGAUUUUAUGAACAUUCUAAGCCUGUAUUUGUUUCAAUUUUUUGAGUUUUCAAUUUUGUUUGUCAUUUGUGAAAUAAGACAUGAUUUGCUCACUGUCUUGCACACACACGCAAAAGUGGAUUUCGUCUCAGGACAGCAGGGACGCCCAAGCACCGACUCCACGCCAUUUUAAAUGUACAUUUUAACGGAGAAAAGGAUACAGAGAAAAAAAAAAAACAACUCCAAGCACUGAAGGUUAUGGAUUUAAGAAGAAAAAUUAACUUUGUUUCUAAAUCCGUAGCAGUUACAUAUUUACCAAAUAAUGGACUCGAAAUGAACUUUAAAAAAAAAAAAAUGGAGUGCUUUAUGUAUAAAUCUAUAUAUUGAAAUUGCUUUACAUUUUAAACAAAAUGAUCAAUGGUUUUUGAUUGUUAAAACGGUGAAAUAGCAUACAGAUGCUGUAUGUGUUAAACUUUAUGGUAUUUUCUUAAUGAUGUCCCUUCCUGUAAAAUUCAGGAGAAUUGUGCAUUACUAUUUCUUUCCUUUUCAUUGUCUGUCAUAUUCAUUAUUGUUGUGGCAGGUAUUAAAUGAGGAAAAAAAAAAAGAAGAUUUUAUGAAAGUUUGUUUUCUGCAAAAAUUUGGAGAAAAAUAAAAUAAAAGCUGGUUUAAAAAGGAUCAUGAUCUAUGCACAAGUGGGGGGUGUUGUCUCUCCCUGGGGUUCAGGACUCAUUGUGUAGGGGUGUUUUUGUAGUGUCCAGAGGCCGUGUUGUCCUUUCUCCCCCCCCCCCCCCCCCCAACCUCUUCCCCCUCCCCAAUUUAGACAAAUCUUGCAUUACAUCGCCAUGCUGUGUAUUCCUAAACCAAUGAGCUUUUUCCACUCUGCUGUAGCACUGUGGGGUUCCUGAAAGCCCACGACUGGGUAUCUGUGUUCUUUCCUUUUAGUGAGGAGUUUGGGGUGGCAGUAGAGUUGAGCUUUUUUGCCUUUAGUUUUGAGAUAUUAAGGGGAAAAAAAGUCUGUAAUGAGAUUCAAACAAAAAGAAAAGUCAAUGGCUUUUGUUUUUUUUUUUGUUUUUUGUGUUUUUUUUUGUUCCUCUUCUCAUAGAAUGUGAUUGUUAAUGACAUGCACCGAAAAAAAAUGUUUUCAUGAACUAUGGAGCUUCUUUCAAACUAUUAAUAAAUUACAGUUUUUUCUUG